AGAAAAAAAUUUAUGAACGAAUUUAUGAAACUAAUUGCGUCACUUUAAUGUAUAUCCAGCUAAUCGUAUUCUUCUUUUGCGUGGUCUCUUUCGGCAAAUUAAAUUUUCAGUUGUCUUAAGUCAUCAGUUGUCAAGUUAUUGUGAAAAUUUUUCAAACAAUUUGGCGAAUCAUAAAUUGCUACAAGCAAACAUGUCGCAACAUCGACUUAAAUUCCUAUAACAGUAUAACGACAAAGUCAUCUGUGGGUCAUAUCAACUGUAGCGUAGAUCUCUCCGAGCUGCCCACGUGAAAGUGUGUACAUUUCAUAUCAUGUGUAAAUUUCGACUAAUUUGAGUCUCAAAAAUUAGAUAUGCCAAACCGAAUUGAUUGUUAUCUCCACAGUUCGAUGCACUCAUGUAUGCGUUGAUUUUCAUGGGUGCAGACGGUACCUAUAGUUUAUCCAGUCUGAAAUUUUCACCAUUAUCAAAGUUUUUUUUCAUAAACAUUUUCAAGAGGUGGGUCUGACGAGUACAAUAUUUACAGAGAUAGUUUUGAUCAACUUUAGAUCACGAGGGAGGUGUGAAAAAAUAUAUUUCUACGAUUGAAUUUCUCAAUGGAAAAUCUGAGAACUAAUUGCACAGUGCGUUCUUUAAUUGGUUAAACGUUGUUUUUGAAAAAAUUUAAGGAAAGAAAAACUACAUCCCAUGACUAUUUCAAUUUACAUUACUUGAUGAAUAUUUGCAAAUUAAAAACAAAUAUUUAUUCCAACUACCAAUCAUAAGGCAUACCUAUACGGGCUAUUCGAAAUUGAUUAACAAUAAGUAAAUUCUUUAAGGAAUCAUCUAAUAUUGCGUGUAUUUUUAAUCAUGUCGUUUCAUAAUAUAUAAUUUAUGACAUACGCCGGAAAUUUAUCGUACUCUCAACACUCUACAGGUGGCAUUUCAUUUUUAUUUUUUGUAAGCUUGAAUAAUUGAGCCCGUAAAUUAAACCUUGAGCAUCGGGCUGGAAAUAAAUUAAUUUGCCUGUUCACUCAAUAGAGGAAAUUUCGGAAUCUUAUUUACUUUUCAUUUUAUUUGUCUUUAAUUUAACAGCUUGAAUUACAAUAUCAUCGUCUACCGUACAUAUAUUACUAUUUAGAAAACAAUUUCCGAAGACCGAAGAUUUCGCAGUUACGGUAUCGUUAUAACAUCGUUACGAAGUGGCGCGCGUGUAAACGGAAAGGAUUGUUAAUCUGUUCUCACAAUUAGAUUCCCUUUUCAUCCGAGCACGCCAUAAAUAAAAAUUUCGAUAUCAUUGUUAUUCAAUGAUGCGGUUGCGAAGCACAGUUACUUGAAUAUUCCGAAAGAAUUUGAAACCAAAAAUUGGAACGUAGCAAGUUUGGCUUGUUAUAUUUCGGUGUAACCGUAGGCUCCUAAUAACAGAAAAUGGUUCAAAACGGUAAAGAAGAUCCGUCAAAAGGGGACUUGGAAUGUUCAAUCACGGAAGGAAGCAAACUUCAUCAGUACCUCUCAACAGCCAUAGUUGGAUUGACGGCUCUGCAAAUCGGUAUCACGCUAGGAUGGACAUCACCCGUAUUGCCGUUCCUUCUGUCCCAUGAAUCUUUCAUGUCCGUGAGUUUGACGCAAGCUUCGUGGAUCAGUUCUUCGCUUGGAAUCAGUGCGGUAUUUGGUGCGAUUCCAGCUGGAAAAAUAUCCGACAGAAUCGGAAGGCGAUUAGCGAUGAUUAUUUUAUCGAUUCCAUAUUUACUAUCAUGGUUACUCGUGAUCUUCGGGCCCAAUAUCGAAUGUUUGUACGUCGCGAGAUGUCUGGGAGGAAUAUCUUCAGGAGCAAUAGGCGUUUUAGCGCUUAUCUACAUAGGAGAAAUAGCUGAACCGUCAAUUCGAGGUACCCUGGCAUCAUCCUUCGGGAUUCUCAUCGCCUCUGGAACACUCUAUGCUUUUACAGCAGGCGCUUACUUAAGUUACACGAUGUUCGCUGUUUCUUGUGGUAUCCUGGCACUGUCGUUUUUUGUACUCUCGCCAUUUUUGACGGAAUCUCCGAUAUGGCUGGUCAAACAAGGUCGAACGGAAGAUGCUACCGAUUGCCUGCUAAGACUCAGGGGUUCGAAAUGUGACGUCAAAGCAGAAUUGGUUGCUUGUCAAGACGACAUAGCUGAACAAGAAACUAGAAAGGGUGGCUUCAGAGAACUCGUCUCAACUCGAGCUGGCCGAAGAGGGAUAACAACUUCACUUGGCUUAGCUCUUUUUCAACAACUUACCGGUGUCGAUGCCGUCAUCGUUUACACUGUACUAAUAUUCCAGGCUGCAGGUAGUACGAUAGACCCAUUUCUAUCGGCGGUUAUGCUUAGCAUAGUAGAAGUUAUAAUGGAAGUGUGCGCUGGAUUUGUCGUUGACAGAAUUGGCCGUCGCCCGCUGUUAUUUAUUUCCGAACUUGGCAUUAUAAUGAGCUUGUCGACUAUCGGAUGUUAUUUUAAAUUCAAAAGUUCUGGAAUCGAUUUGACAGAUUACGGGUGGGUUCCUCUAGUCUCGUUGAUUCUCUACAUGAUUUCGUAUUCCGUUGGAUUCGGAUGUAUACCCUGGAUAAUGAAUGGCGAAUUAUUUUCAUCUAACACAAAAAGUGUAGCGAAUGCUUGUACCGUUGUAUUGAACUGGAGUAUGGGCGCUUUAGUUAUGAGUAUGUAUACACGGUUGGUAAUUUCCGUAGGUGAAGCUGUAGUAUUUUGGAUAUUUUCUGGUCUCAUGGUGUCAGCUUUUAUCUUUACCAUCUUUGUCGUCCCAGAGACCAAAGGUAAAACUCUCCAAGAAAUACAAUACGAAUUGAGUGGGAAAAAGAAAAAGAUCGAUGAACCUCAGUCACAAAAUGCCCCGUAAAAAAGAACACAAUUGUGGCAGUCGAUUCAGCAGUGUAACCGCAAUCCAUGUGACUCGGCCAUAACGAGUCUAAUUAAUUUGGAAUUAGUGUAAGAUAUGCUGUUGCAGGAUUAUACAAUUGGUAUGGCUGUGAUGUCACAAUAAUUACGCACGUCUAUGUUUUUAUCACUCUGUACAUAUCAUGUCAACUACUGUAUAAAUUUCAAAUAAAUACAAUCAUAUAGCUGUUUUCCGAAAUCCACCGUCACUGCUGCGAUUAUUCCUUCGCUUUCUACCUUUACAAUUUUUUCGAGACGAUGAAAUACAGCUGAAAUCGUGUAAAGCUCAAUCAUUAUCAUUACAAUUAUGAAGCAUGUUACAUAUGUAUAUUUACGUAUAUUGAAAGACCUGUGCAAGGUUGACGUGAUAGAUUAAACUAUUGCUUAUUUUUCGAUUCUAA